AUGUCGACUCGAAAGGUGUACGACGAAGAGAAUGAUGACAUGAAUACGUCCGAUGAGGUUUCAGUGGACACGUUAGGAAACAUCCCAUUGGAGUGGUACGAUGACUACGAACAUCAAGGGUAUGGCCUUGAUGGCAAACCCUUACCAAAACCAACACAGGGCGCUAUUGACUCGAUCGAUAAGUUUUUGGCCCUUACCGACGAUCCAAAUUAUUACAAAACGGUGUACGACGAGAACGGUAAUGCAACGGUGUUGAAUCCCGAUGACAUUAGAUUGGUCAACGCAAUUUUGUCGAACAAAACACAAAGCGACUUAGAAAAGGAAUUCCCAUCAGUCACAUUCCCAUACGAUGACUGGAUGAUCCCCGUAUCAGACCCAACACCAUCAAAGAAGAGUUUCAUUCCAAAUUACAAAGAGAACAAAUUGAUAAGUAAAUUGGCGAAGAAACUCGCGAAGAAAUUUGUCUCCCUUCCACAAAAGGUCGAACGGAAAACACCACGAAUUAGAGACGUGUGGGCUUACGCACCACCCAAAUCGAAACGUUCGCCAAUGAUGCCUUUACCACCACCUCCUAUGCCAACAGACGCCGAUUCAUACCACCCACCACCUGAGUUCAAAAAAGAUGAUCAAGAGGAUUUCCAACGACUCAUGGACGUCCCGCAAUAUUCCGACAUCUUAAAGGACAGAUAUACAAGAUGCCUUGAAUUGUACGUAGCGCCAAGAAAAACUGUCACCAUAAAAGACAGAAAAGAUCACCUGAAAGAAACAAUCCUCCCACCUUUGGAAGAGUUGAGACCAUUCCCGUCAAACAAAAACACUGUUCUUCGAACAGGAAAGAUACUGCGAUGUGUUGCUGUCGACCCAUUGGGAGAGGGGAUAUUCGUUCGAUGGCUGGGAACCAAAGAUGAUAUAUUGUACAUUGCGUGUGACGAAGAUGUCUACGUUUUGCCAUUAAAUGUCAGAGACAUCGAAAGAGAUUUGUCGCCAUACCAAAUUGAAGAAGACAAGACCGAGGUGUUCACGAAUAAAACUUCAUUCAAUGCUCCAAAUGUCGAAUUAAAAGAUAUGGGUGUCACUAUGGUCAUUCACCAUCCUUAUGUAGUCAAAGAUCUUUCAUUGCACCGAAAGGGUCAUUACAUAGCUUGUAUAUUUGGUAGUUCUUCAAUGGGGUAUUGUGUCAUCCAUCACAUUCCUUCCAAAAAGUCACAAAAUCCCGUUAAAGGGUUGAAGGGCUUACUCCAAAAAGCCAUCUUCCACCCAUCCAAACCCAUUUUGGCUGUUGCUUCGUUACGACGUGUUGUGUUAUUUGAUUUGCAGAAGGGUGCCACAUUAAAGAAACUGAAUGUGAAAACCCUUUCCAUCUCCGAUAUAGCCUUCCAUCCAUGUGGUGAACAUCUGAUUGUUACCACGUUCGAUAGAAAGUGUGUGUGGUAUGAUUUACAAGCCGGUGUCGAUCCAUAUAAGGUCAUGAGAUUACAUAACGCGCCUUGCCGAUCACUUGCAUUCCAUCAGUCAUACCCAUUGUUCGCGUCAAUCGGUGACGACGCACUUAUUCAAGUCAUGCACGCUUCUGCCUCGAGCGACAUCACACUGGACCCGGUCAUUAUUCCUUUGGUCAAGUUGAAAGGACAUAACAUGAAAGGAAAGAUUGGUGGCAUCGACUUACAGUUCCACCCCAUAUUGCCAUGGAUAUAUUCCGUAGGAGCUGAUGGGACAAUGCAAAUGUUCACUGACUGGUUCUAA